AUGCCUCCAUACACCAGUUAUCGACGUCGAGGUGGCGAAUUCGAGAUUCCCGGCCGCAAGUUCAACCCUGCGUACGAAUCCCUUCAUCGCCACAUCCCAAACGACAAGCUCCUUGUCUACAAUGCCAGCAAAGGCGUCCUGAAGAUCCAGGAGCAGGACACCCAGUCCAACAGCCUCGUCCUGUCCAUUGGGGGUACCUGCCGAAACCCUGGGACCCCCGGGGCUCGAGCAGCCUGGGGCGUCUACUUUGGCCCUGAAUCGCCCUAUAACGCGAGCGCCCUCCUGGAUCCUGCUCUUCCGCAGACAAAGGCCAGGGCUGAGAUGGAGGCUCUGCGACAGGCCUUGAGCAUCAUCAAGGCCAAAAUCAUCUCCGGCGACUACCAACCGCGGAGGUGUGUUAUCAAGACGCACUCGUCGUAUAUCCGGCGGGUGUUUCCUCGCCUCGUCCAUCGCCGGGCCGCAGAGAAGGUGGUGUUUUCCGAGUUGCUCAUGGAGAUUGAGGAGCAAUUGGAGGACAUGGGCUAUGUGGAUGGGGUGGACAGGAGCACGAAUGCCAUGUUUUGGUGUGUCGAGCAGGAGGAGAAUAGGGAGGCUGACGGGCUCGCGGUUGAUGCUCUCGCUCAGUCUCGAGAUGAACAUGGGAAAAGGAGAAGAUGGAAAUUAUUUGAAUUAGGAGCAGCAAACUAUGGUUCCUAG